ACCCAGUGUAAAUGCUGAUUAUAGCAAGAAGUUGCGUGAAAGAACGCUACUGGCUGCAAAACCUGAAAGAACAAUAAGGUUCCUUGAAGAAAAUGAAAAUCGUGGUGCUUACGUUCCGCCCGGUGAUCAGUCUGCAGUCAAUAAAUUCAGCAGCUUAGUCCCUAAAAAACCGAAAGUUACAAUGGAACAAAAGACGACACGUAUACCGAAGAAUGAGCUCAUAGAUUCACUUUUUGGUGCUUUCGAAAAAUAUGCAUAUUGGACAUUUAAAGGCCUUAAAGAUUAUGUAAAGCAACCGGAGGUGUUGAAUGAAAUAGCAAUUUUGGACAAGAAAGGUCAUUACAACAACUGUUAUCAUCUAAAACCUGAAUAUAGUCAAAAUAUAUCUGCGGAAACUGUAUCUGUGGCUCCCCAGGGUGUAGAGGCACCCCUGGAAAACGUGAGCAACGAAGAUGAAUAUAGUUAUGAAGCGCCUGAAAAUGAUGAAUUGGAGGCAGGGGGGUCGGAUGAAGAUAUGUCUGAUGAUUAA